AUGGUCAUCGUCGACAUUCUUUGUCGUGAAAACUUGAAAAAAGACUUCGUCGUCAUCAAGACUCAAGACUAUCGGACUCAGAAACAAGACACUUUUUGCACCCCCCUUUCAGUAUCUCGAGUGAAAGUGAUCGACGUUAACAAUCCGUACGAAGAUCACAGCGGACAGUUUGACGUUGUUUAUACAAUCGAACAUGUUUACUACUACAGGAUGCCCAAUUCGUACUGUAAGCUUCCGCCUCUUCUACUUGCGAAGUCCAACGAGGCGCAACGUCUCAAUAUGACCGCUGGAAAAGAAUACAUCUUAGCAGGCAGUAACGAUUGCGACAUGGCACUUCGUACGUCUUAUGAUGUUCAAGUGAAUGACGACGGAAUUUAUGGCGCUCAGGAAUGGCACAACGUUUCAGAGACAUUGCAGCAUGGUCUGUUCACCUACAAUUGCUAA